AUGAUGGCCACAGGGUCUCGGGAUACCUCAGUUCGUGAGGCCAAAGUCUUCAUCAAGGAAGUCGUACGAAAUGACUGGGAUUUCGAUGCCGGCGUUCCCUCCCCGUGUUCCGCCGAUGGCACCCUUUGCUAUAACCGUGAAGUUUGCGAAUGGCGAGUCCGAGAAUUCGAUACCCCAUCCUCGGAACUCGAACCCCAGAGCUCAGAUAGCGAGCAAGAAUAUGAUCCGUCAGCUGUGCUGAAGCUCGCCCCGGGAGAUGCGGGCAUCGAGCGCCGCCGCAAACGCCGUCGACAAAUGGAUGACGAAAUGGCAUGGAACGAAGGGCUACGCUUAUGGAUGGCCAGACGCGAUGCGUGGUGUGGUGCGAAGACUCGGCGGCAAAUUCGGACGGAAGAGGAAAAGCGCAAGGUGACUGGUGCACAGAUGGACACAACAGAUCAGUCCGAUGGCGUGGAGCUGGGAGACAAUGACGCGACUUCGUCUGGGUCAUCCCAAUCUGCGAUGCUGGGUGCUCGGGGUAGUGAGGGUAUUGGCUCUUCUGAUCUGGCGGUCCGGACCGAGACUUCGCUUUCCAUCGCGGAUCGGGAGAAGGGCGAGGAGCUCCAGCAACGAGUGGAUAUGACUUCGGGACAACAAGAGGAUCAGGAGGAAGGAUUGUCUACCGCGCCGGACGAAGGAGCUAAACGGAAGGCUUCGUCAGAGACCAACAUCACAGAGCCGGAUCAGAAAGUUGCCGCAAACGUGUCUACGUCCUUCCCGGCUGUCGAAGACCAGACAGAAGAGGAGAAGGUGGAAGAAGAGCUGGAUGAACCACUUUGUCCUGUUGCCCCACCUUUUAUUUCAGACGAGAACCCAGUUCGCGCAACCAUCAAUCCCGCAAUUUACCCUUCAAUCUACACCAAGGUUGUCGUGCAAGGCAUGACCCCCACCGUGCCAGUCAACCUCGCCCAUUUGACUAAAGCCAUGGUUCAAGGGUGGAAAGCAGAUGGGCAGUGGCCGCCAAAGCCAGCCGUGACAUCGAUUGUCCUUGCUGAUGAUGCCUCUGUGCCUAAGAAAAAUCCAGAUCGCUCUGCCGAGGAGGCGCCGCAGGGCAGGAGGAAGAAUAGCAUUACCAAUGCUGUGAAGAAAGUGUUCCAUUUUGGAUCGCAUCCCUUCCACCGCCGCGGCAGCCAGGAUACCGGGAAUGGAGCCGGGGGCCCGACGGCUUAA